UCGCGCGCACGACCGCACGCCGCGCGCGAACGAUCGCGCGCACGAUGUCCACGAAUGCGAUGCGUCGAAACGCCGCGCUCGCGGUGCGAUGCGCCAUGCGCGAGGGCGCGCGAGGGACGAUGAUGACGCCGAAAUCGACGACGGCGCCGCGCGCGGGGACGAUGGUCAACGCGAGCGAAGGGGUGCCGGCGAACGUGAGGACCGUCUCUUUGCAAGCGGUGGCGAUUCGAAUGCGAUCGGUCGGGAAUAUUCAAAAGAUUACGAAGGCGAUGAAGAUGGUCGCCGCGUCUCGCCUCAAGGGGGCGCAAACGAAGUGCGAGAAGUCGCGCGCGCUCGUGAAUCCGUUCGUGCGUUUGCUCGGGGAUACCCCGGGGACUGAAACGGACAGCACGCUCGUCGUGCCGAUCUCGUCCGAUAAGGGUUUGUGUGGUGGUAUUAACACCGCCGUGGUUAAGUACUCGACCGUUUUGAACGCGAUGAGUCCGGGGGCGAGAAUCAACGUCGUCGGCGACAAGGCGCGAGCGCAGCUCAACAGGCUUUACCCGGAUCGAAUCAACAACGUCGUUGUGGACACGACGAAGCAGCCGUUAACUUUUGGAACCGCUUCCGCGAUCGCUGACGAGAUUAUGGCGCAAAACGCGCCGAAGACACAGCUGGUGUUCAACCGCUUCGCCUCUGCGAUUUCCUUCAAGCCUACGGUUGCGACUGUCUUGUCCAGCGAAGAGCUCGAGAAGGCGGCGGAAGAGGGUGUGAAUGAGUUUGAUUCUUAUGAAAUCGAAGGACCCGACCGAUCGGAGUUCCUCCUCGAUCUCUCCGAGUUCAAGAUGGGCGCGUUGUUGUACAACGCCAUGUUGGAGAACAACACGUCUGAGUUGGGCUCGCGCAUGCAAUCGAUGGAGAACUCGAGUAAGAAUGCGAGUGACAUGCUUCAAAAGCUCACUUUGCUUUACAACCGUACGCGUCAAGCCGCGAUUACGACCGAGUUGAUCGAGAUUAUCUCGGGUGCGAGUUCUCUUGAAUCCAAGGAGUAAGCGGUUCGGAAAGAAGAUUUCCGACGCGGACGCGCGAGCGUUGUCUCGCGAGCGCCGAUGCGGUGUAGACCUAGCUUUUGAAAAUGUAAACAUAAUUGGAGUGGGAGUG